CGUUUCCGAGUUGAGCUGUUAGCAUCACUGUUAGCAUCUCCUGUUAGCUUCACUUCAUCAUCUUUCUGUCCAGCUAUGGAACUGGCUCUUCUUAAUUCAGCAGUUCUCAUGUUUUGAUGUCUGAUUUCAGGUUUGUCUCUCAGUAAGCGACACAAGAAGAAGAAGAGCUGCUAGCUUACAGCUCAAAGCGAAGCUAACUGGACUAGCUGCUGUUAGCUGUUAGCAUCUCUGAUCCAGCUGCGAUGAUUACAACCAGACAGCAGAGAGCUGCUCUGUGAAGUCACCUGUGCUCACCUGCGUUCACCUGCGUUCACCUGUGCUCACCUGCGUUCACCUGUGUUCACCUGCUAGCAUCAGCUGCUAGCUGGUUAUAGAUUAUAGAUCAGCUCUCUUGGCUCAGCUGGUUCUCUCUGCAGCUCUCUUUGGAUGUUCAGUGUGUCAGGAAGUGACUCCUCAGCCCCAUGUCUGCUGAGGCUUCAGUAGGCAGUGAUGCUGCUGACUCUGCCCAGUCUGCUGUUUCCCAGCCGGCCUUCCACAACACAGAUGAGCUCAGAAGUCGGGGUCUUCUGGGGAGCAAGUAUGUCAAAUUAAACGUGGGCGGCUCGCUGCAUUAUACAACCGUCCAGACAUUAAGCAAGGAAGACAGUCUGCUGCGGAGCAUAUGCAAUGGAGGAACUGAGGUGUCCAUAGACUCAGAAGGUUGGGUCGUUUUGGAUAGGUGUGGCCGACAUUUUGGACUGGUUUUGAACUUCCUGCGAGAUGGAUCGGUACCGCUUCCAGAGGACCACAAAGAACUGGAUGAGGUUCUGAAGGAGGCCCAGUACUAUCGGGUCCAGGGACUCGUCCAGCACUGCCUCAGUGCCAUGCAGAAACAAAAGGAUGUCUUUGAAACUGUGUGUCGCAUCCCCAUGAUCACGUCAGCCAAAGAAGAACAGAAGAUGAUUGCUACUUGUAGAAAGCCGGUCGUCAAACUGCAGAACAACAGAGGAAACAACAAAUACUCUUACACCAGCAACUCUGAUGAUAACCUGCUGAAGAACAUCGAACUGUUCGACAAACUGGUGCUGCGAUUUAACGGCCGCGUCCUGUUUGUGAAAGACGUGCUCGGGGAUGAGAUCUGCUGUUGGUCUUUCUAUGGUGAAGGUCGCAAGAUCGCUGAAGUAUGCUGCACUUCCAUCGUCUACGCCACAGAGAAGAAGCAGACCAAAGUUGAGUUUCCCGAGGCUCGAAUCUUUGAAGAAACCCUCAACAUCCUCAUUUACGAGAACGGCAGAGGAACCGGUCCAGGAGGCUUACACCUUUUAGACUCCAGAGGCUCCGGUUCGUCACUGGGAGGCGAGGAAGAGGGCGCUACGGGAGGCGACAGGCGAGUACGACGGAUCCACGUGAGGAGGCAUAUAAUGCAUGACGAAAGAGGGCCCGGUCAGCAAACUGUGUAUAAGGACUAAUAAUGUGAAAACACGAGGCACGGGAGAGAGUGUUUGUGUUCAGUUUUUUUUCUGGGAUGCUAGAAUGAAAGAGACGUCGUUGAUCAUAGCAAUAGAUCGGUAGGUAGUUAUUUAAUCAAAUGUCUUUUAGGCGUCACUGCACAGAAAUGUAGGAGUCGAUGACUGAUCUGUAACUGAAGUCGUUUGGACGUGAAAAAUGCUUCUGUUUACAAGAACUUGUGUACAUUAUUUAAAUAGGAAAUGUGUAAAAUGACCUGGGACAUGAAACUGGCAAAUGUUAAGAAAACCUCCUGCACGUUACUGAACGGGCCUAAAAACCCAUCUCCCACCUGUUUAAUGUGGGUGUUAAUGAUAUGCACUGGCACCCUCCUCUGUGUUUGACUUCUAGGAAACAGUCUGUUUAUUCAGGUGGUGAAACAUCUGUUGCCUUUUUCAUACGUUGGACUGACGCGCUGCCCGACAGUGAUGAACGGAGGAUGGUCACGUUUAGCCUAGAUAUGUUAACACUGGAAUAAAAACUGAGUAGCCAUUUUUAGGGAGGUUGUUUAUGAAUGAGAUCGUUUGCGCAGCUCAAUUUUCUUUAUUUAAAUUAUUACUGCUGUUGCUUCAAGAUGUUUUUAUUAAUUUAUGAACCUAAUUUAUUGUUUGGUAUUUAACUUUUUUGUAUUGUAUGCAAUCUUUUUGUGUAAACUAGUGCUCAAGUGAGUUUUAAAUUUUUGGAAUGAUACGAUGCACUCCAUAGCACACAGCAGAAAUUUACGCCUGUAAAUGACUUAAAUAGUGAACUUACAUUUCAGUUUAAUGUUUCAAGAGGAACCGUGCCCAUUUCUUUGAUAUUGUAUUUUAUUCUGAGCCAUGAUCUCUCACUUGCGCUUUAUGUCUUAUACCAAACCACUGAAAUUCGCUCGUAGUAAUUGGCCGUACAGUGAUGACAAAGGCAAUUAAUACUGGGUUUUAUUUUAAUUUCCCUCAGGGAGAGGAUACACAUUUUCUUUCUGAUAUUUACCAGUGUCUUGUGUAAACCUAAUCACUCUAAAUACUGGAAAAAAACAACAUUGAAUGGGAACAAUAUGUAUCUCAGACCCUUAAUAAAAUCACCUUGGAAUACCUUAAAAUAUGCACUAAUAUGACUUCCGUCCAAUAGUGGUCAUGGAAAUGUUCUGAAUAAAUUACUUGUGAAAUCCGA